AUGCCUUCUCGAUUGUUAUCACCUACCAUCCUCCGCGCAUGUCGGAGGAACUACUCUACAUCUAGCACCGUCCCUCUAGCGUUUGAUUUGCACGAACCAGCCAAUCCCUCUUCCAAUGCUCCGCGAGCCAUCAUCUUCAUGCAUGGUUUAUUCGGAUCCAAGAAGAAUAACAGGAGCAUUAGUAAGGCUCUCGCAAGAGAUCUAGGAAGACCUGUCUAUGCUGUUGUGAGUCACAUCCCUCGAGGAGCUUUGAAGAGCCACUCAAUGGGCGCAAAAACUGCAAUGGCCCUGGCACUUAAGUCUCCAGAAGUGGUCGAGGAUAUAGUAUCCGUAGAUAAUGCGCCCAUUGAUGCAGCACUCCUCAGUAACUUUGGAAAAUACAUCCAAGGAAUGAAGAGAAUCGAAGCGGCAGGAGUGUCCAAACAAACUGAAGCGGAUAACAUCUUAAAGGACUAUGAAGAAGAGCUUCCUAUCCGCCAAUUCCUUCUCGGAAACCUCGUGCGCACGGAAGACAAGACGCAGAAGUUUAAGGUUCCUCUUAAAAUCCUCGGGGCCGCAUUGGACAACCUUGGUGAUUUCCCAUUCAAGGAUCCAGAUUCGAUUCGCUUCAACAAACCUACGUUAUUUGUUCGGGGAACGCAAAGCCACUAUGUGCCAGACGAAGCACUUCCUAUAAUAGGGAAAUUCUUCCCUCGGUUUGAACUUGCCGAUAUAGAUGCUGGGCAUUGGGUAAUUUCUGAGAAACCGGAAGAAUUUAGACAAGGUUUGUCUUUUCAUUCUUGGGCACCACUGUGA